AACGCGAUGGAUGUUGAACUUUUCAUUCGGAAGGUGAAAGAAAACAGACCGAUUUAUGACGCGAGUGACAAAAAUCAUAGCAACCGAAAUGUCACAGCUGCAUUGUGGAGGAAUAUUAGUGAAGAAUUUAACAUCCCAGAAGUUCAACUAAGGAAAAAAUGGCAUACACUGCGUUCAAACUAUAUGCGCGUCUUACGGAGCGAAAGGAACAAAACUCCGUCAACUGGAACAAAAACUAAACAUCUUUGGCCCUACUAUGAAUCGUUGUCAUUCUUGCGUCAAUGCUCAGAAUCAAAAAACCCUUCUGACAACAUGCUGUUUUCCGAUUUGGCUUAUGAACAUGAGAAUGGAACAGCAAUCGAACAAAAAGUUGCGGAAGACAACUUCCUCACUACGAUAAGCUAUAGAGAAGAUGGUUUGACCAUAAAAUCAGAGCCACUCGAGAUCACCGAUUCGACAGUUAGUUACGAGACAGCAUCGAAGAAAAGAAAACAAACCGGAGUAGCGGAUGAUGGCGGUGAUUUGCAGCAUUUGGCAGAACUGAGCAACGUCGAAUCAUCGCUGCCUGACGAAAAUGAUCCCGACAGAAUGUUUUUGCUUAGUUUGCUACCCCUUAUGAAACAGUUGACUCCUUCGGACAGCAUAGACUUCAGAUUAAACGCACUAACAUUUUUGAAAGAGAGACUGAAUCCGAUCUCAACUGGUCACAGUAGUUGGUCACAAUCUCAAAUACUCUCAGCUCAUCAUAACCGGAAUCAGUGUAAUGAGUGGUCGGAGAGUGAUGCUGCAUCUUCUGCUUCAUCGACAUCAAGAUGCAACAACGGUAAUCUGAAGGAGGAAGUUCCAUAGCUCUGAACUAAGUUGGUUGCUUGAAAGUUAGCUGACCCAUAUUGUACAAAGAAUAUUAUGAUGCUUCAUGACUUGUGACUUUGUUGAUAGAAAAAACUUCAAAUUAGAAACAAUAGCGAAUUUAAUAUGACUUUAACUUGGUCUCCACUCGCAAAUUCGGAUACGAAUGAAUAGGAAGAGUUGUAGUAAAUAAAGAAAUAGAGACCCGCAAAUUGAAAAAAAAGGAAAGAAAGUCCAGGAAAUGAUAGAAGACGAUGCAAACAGUUCUGGAAGGCAUUUCUUACACAUCUGUUCCUUUUGACGUAGGAUUACGUCUUUCGGGAAAAUAUUGGGGUACAAAUUGAAAAUCGAAAAUCGAGCACAUCGUGAUAAUUGUCCAAUUUCAAACGCUUAUUGCUCAGUCAUGUCAUGAUGGAUUGAUGAAAAUUUUGCGUCAAUCGAUUUUGGCACUUCAUAACAAUUUUUUAAAUUGAAUAAAAUAAUAUGAGUUAUGAAAUUAACUAUCGAACAAUUGAAAAAUCUCAACCCCUAUCCUAACGGAAAUAUCCGCUUCUAAUGGGUCGAAAUCGGCGAUACAUGGGGCGGUUCACUAACAGAGACAUCAAAACCAAGCUGCCUGGGGGAAAACGACAUUGCAAAUACAUGAAAGUAAGGGGGCCUUUAUUCCCACCGAAAUGUGUUCGCUAACAGAGACAUCAUAACCAAGUGUUCGAGGGAAAUCGGCAUUGCUAAUAGACAUCAUAACCAAGGUGUCUGAGGGAAAUCGGCAUUGCAAAUAUAUGAAAUUUUAAAUUUGGAACUUUAAUGUUGGUUGCUCGGUUGUAAAAUUUUAUAUGGUAGCAGUUGUGUUAAAAAUGACUCGGUAUAUGAAACGAUUUAUUUCAAUUUUCAUAAAUGAAAACCAAGGUGUGUUCCCGGUCGAGAACGGGUCAUUCGGCUUAAGCUGUCUGUUUUGUUGUGUUCAUUUUCAUCCAAGGAAAGUUCAUACGGCGAGAAAAGUUGGAAAAGUGAAGAAAUAUUAGAAAAAGGAAUUUCUCAUAUACUCUACAUAUAGUAUUAGGUGUUGUUAGUCCAAUUAAAAUUAAAAUUGGGUUGAGUAAACAGUCAGAAAGUAAAAAUAAAAAAAAAAAUUACCUUUUCCUUUUCAAAUAUGUUUUCUCUAUAUUAAAGUUACAUGUUUUUACUGAUGAGAAAAAUUUAUAAUUGUGUUCGGUAUUGGUAAUUAUCGUUUAUUACAUUGGUGUGUUUUUUUCCUUUAUUUCAUCCAUACGUAACAAAGGAGGCAUCUCGUCUAGGGUCACAGAGGGCGGUUUUCAUCAUAUCUCAUUCCACUUCGGCAUCUUCUAUCUGAUAUGCACCACCCCACGACUGUUCACCAUACUUCUGUCAUCAUCACUCGGUAAACACUUGCGGAGUGAACAAACAAUACCCAACAACCAAACAAAAUUGCUCUUUUCAGGGCCACCAAAUAAUUAUCAAAGAGUUUAACGAUGCAACUCUUCAAACAUAUACAAAAUCAACAGAUAGCCCAACGAAAUCCUACGUCAACUAUGCGGUCGUGUCUCGGACACAACCCUCCUGUGACUUUUUUUUAGUUUCAACAUUCCUCGAUUCCCUAGUACAAAUAUAGUUUAAAUUUAGAAAAAAAUCAGGUAUUCCACGGAUCAUUCGCUCGCGGAUAAUCGAGGUUCCACUGUACUUUGCGUUUGUUCCUUUUCUCUGCUGAUGUGCAGAUCGAUUCCACACAUGCCACGGUGCACCGAGCAAGAGGUAUAAAUUAUUUCACUUUGUGAUUUCUCUUUUUGUUUCACUCUAGACAGUGUACAGCCAACAACAUACGUUGAGGAUGAGACAUAAUAUAAAAAAUAUCAAAUCUGCUUUUGAAACUUCCUAUACUCGCGUAUAGGAAGGACAGACCGAGCACCAAUGAGGUAGCUGAAUUAACUGAUGAUUAAAACUAAAUCAAGUUAAAGAAAAAAAUAUUUUCUGAAGUUUUUUCACUCAAUUAUAUCUUUUUAUUUGAAUGAAAACCAGAAAUUCUGCUAAAGGGUUGAUUAGAGGUCGGACCCGAUUAUCUACAGACUCGGUUAUAUACAAUUUUAGACCCGAUUAUUAUCCCAUUUUUAAUGAAAAAAUAUUAUUUACUAAUUCAAUUAUUGAAAUAUUUCAACGUGUAGGUGAAGGUUCUUUGGCUAUUUGGAGAACAGUGGAUUAGAAAUCAUGGUCUUUGAAGAUUCUAAUUGAAGGCUCACCGGGAGUUGUUUCAAAAGAUAUUGCAGCGAAUUUAAAAUCAAUAGAAGAUGGGUCUCAAAGGACAAAUUGUAAAGCGUUUAGGGAGUUUUAAUUUUGUUGAUAGGAACAAUCAAAUUAU